CCCGAGCCCCGGCCAGGCUUGGCUAGUCUUCCCGGCCCCCCGCUCGGCGUCCUUUCCCGGUCCCCUGGAGAGGGCGGGGAGAAGCGCCGGUUGGCGGGCCCGGGGGGCGGUGCGAUGCCCUGGACCCACCCCCGGGCCGCCUCCCACCGCAGUUCAGUUGGGUCCCUGCACCGGCCUGCGCAAGGACCCCAGGCCGCUCGGUUGUUGCUCAAGUGAAAUCACGCCGCGUCCCCUCCGCUGCGCGCCCCGACGGGCAUGGACUCCGGUCGGGACUUCCUGACCCUGCACGGGCUGCAGGAUGACCCCGACCUUCAGGCCCUUCUGAAGGGCAGCCAGCUUCUGAAGGUGAAGUCCAGCUCAUGGCGUAGAGAACGCUUCUACAAGCUACAGGAGGACUGCAAGACCAUCUGGCAGGAAUCUCGCAAGGUCAUGAGGUCCCCGGAGUCUCAGCUGUUCUCCAUAGAGGACAUUCAGGAGGUCCGGAUGGGACACCGCACAGAAGGCCUGGAGAAAUUUGCCCGAGACAUACCCGAGGACCGAUGCUUCUCCAUUGUCUUCAAGGACCAGCGCAAUACCCUAGACCUCAUUGCUCCGUCUCCAGCUGAUGUUCAGCACUGGGUGCAGGGCCUGCGCAAGAUCAUCCAUCACUCAGGCUCCAUGGACCAGCGGCAGAAGCUGCAGCACUGGAUCCACUCCUGCUUGCGAAAGGCUGAUAAAAACAAGGAUAACAAGAUGAACUUCAAGGAGGUGAAGGACUUCCUGAAGGAGCUCAACAUACAGGUGGAUGACAGCUAUGCCAGGAAGAUAUUCAGGGAAUGUGACCACUCCCAGACAGACUCUCUGGAGGAUGAGGAGAUUGAGACCUUCUACAAGAUGCUGACCCAGCGGGCAGAGAUCGACCGUGCCUUUGCAGAGGCCGCGGGUUCUGAGGAGACCCUGUCGGUGGAGAAGCUAGUGAAGUUCUUGCAGCAUCAGCAGCAGGAGGAGGCGGCAGGGCCAGCCUUGGCCCUCUCUCUCAUUGAGCGCUACGAGCCCAGUGAGACUGCCAAGGCCCAGCGGCAGAUGACCAAGGAUGGCUUCCUCAUGUACUUGCUAUCGGCUGAUGGGAACGCCUUCAGCCUGGCGCACCGCCGUGUCUACCAGGACAUGGAUCAGCCACUCAGCCACUACCUAGUGUCCUCUUCCCACAACACCUACUUACUGGAAGACCAGCUCACGGGGCCCAGCAGCACAGAGGCCUACAUCCGGGCUCUGUGCAAAGGCUGCCGGUGCCUGGAGCUGGACUGCUGGGAUGGUCCCAAUCAGGAGCCCAUCAUCUACCACGGCUACACUUUCACCUCUAAGAUACUCUUCUGUGACGUGCUCAGGGCCAUCCGGGACUACGCCUUCAAGGCAUCCCCCUACCCAGUCAUCCUGUCCCUGGAGAACCACUGCAGCCUGGAGCAACAGCGAGUCAUGGCGCGUCACCUGAGGGCCAUCCUGGGGCCCGUGCUGUUGGACCAGCCGCUGGAAGGGGUUACCACGAGCCUCCCUUCGCCUGAGCAACUGAAGGGCAAGAUACUGUUGAAAGGGAAGAAGCUGGGCGGGCUGCUGCCUGCGGUAGAGGAGAACGGGCCUGAAGUCACUGAUGUGUCUGACGAAGACGAGGCUGCUGAGAUGGAGGAUGAGGCUGUGCGCAGCCAAGUGCAGCAGAAGCCCAAGGAGGAUAAGCUAAAGCUGGUGCCGGAGCUCUCCGACAUGGUCAUUUACUGCAAGAGUGUCCACUUUGGUGGCUUCUCCGGUCCUGGCACCUCUGGGCAGGCAUUCUAUGAGAUGGCUUCCUUCUCCGAGGGCCGUGCCCUGCGGCUGCUGCAGGAAUCAGGAAAUAAUUUUGUCCGCCAUAACGUGAGCCAUCUGAGCAGGAUCUACCCAGCGGGGUGGAGAACAGACUCUUCCAACUACAGUCCUGUGGAGAUGUGGAACGGGGGCUGCCAGAUUGUGGCUCUGAACUUCCAAACCCCUGGGCCAGAAAUGGACGUUUACCUCGGCUGCUUCCAGGACAAUGGAGGCUGCGGGUAUGUGCUGAAACCCACCUUCCUGAGAGACCCCGAAACCACCUUCAACUCACGCGCCCUGACUCAGGGGCCCUGGUUGGCUCCGAAGAGGCUCCGAGUCCGGAUCAUCUCUGGACAGCAGCUGCCAAAGGUCAAUAAGAAUAAGAAUUCUAUCGUGGACCCCAAGGUGAUAGUGGAGAUCCACGGUGUGGGCCGGGACGUGGCCAGCCGUCAGACAGCAGUUAUUACCAAUAAUGGUAUAGUAUGCGCUGGGCCUCGGUUGGGCCGGGCCGCUGGAGCAAGGUCUACACCUUGCUGUUGUUACGGUUUGGUUUCUGCCCUUCUAGGUUUCAACCCGUGGUGGGACACGGAGUUUGAGUUUGAGGUAGCAGUGCCUGACCUUGCCCUUGUACGCUUCAUGGUAGAGGAUUAUGAUUCCUCCUCUAAGAACGACUUUAUUGGCCAGAGUACUAUCCCCUGGAACUGCCUCAAGCAGGGGUACCGCCAUGUUCACCUCUUGUCUAAGAACGGAGACCAGCAUCCAUCAGCCACUCUCUUUGUGAAGAUCUCCAUCCAAGACUAAGCCUGGGGGUCUGAGGCAGUCCGUCCCGAGAGGGCGGAGCUGUGUCCACACCUCUGGCAAGGCUGGCAUUGCUGCACCGGCCUCUGGCGCGGAGCUUGAGGCCACUGAACUGCCUUCAGCUCUAACACAUCAUCUGAGCUUCUGCCUCUCUGGGGGCCCAGGAGCAGUCCAGUCCCCGGAGUGGUUCAAAAUUCCGUUAGGAACAACACUGCAUCCCUCUCCCUACCCUCUAGCUGACUUUAGGUUGUGAGUUUUUAUAUAUAAAGAAAAAAAAAUCACAAGAUG